AUGGGAUUAUUUCAGCCCUUUCGUUUUCAUACUUCUUUUCAUUUACGAAUUACAGGGAACCUUGAAUUGGCUCAACUGGGACCAGUGUCAUUGAUUGGUAUCAACAGACCAGAGAAGAGGAACGCUGUGGAUCCAACUACUGCCAAGGAACUAAUCCAAGCAUUCCAAAAGUUUGAGGAGGAUGAUCAGUCCAAAGUGGCAGUCCUGUAUGGAAAAGGAGGAUAUUUCUCAGCUGGUUUAGAUCUAAAAUCUCUGGCAGGUUCUGAAGCUAAUAUUAAAACACCUUCACCAAAGGAAGGGCUUGUGGCUCCUAUGGGUCCAUCAAGAAUGAUGUUGAGUAAACCAGUAAUUGGAGCUAUAUCAGGCUAUGCUGUAGCUGGGGGUCUGGAACUUGCCCUGUUGUGUGAUUUAAGAGUUGUAGAGGAGAACGCUAUUAUGGGAGUCUUUUGCAGAAGAUUUGGGGUACCUUUGGUGGAUGGUGGUACAGUGAGGUUACCCCAGCUGAUUGGUUUAUCUCGAGCAAUGGAUCUCAUUUUAACAGGUCGCCCCAUUGGUGCAAAAGAAGCUCUGGAAUUUGGAUUAGCCAAUAGAAUAGCACCACAUGGACAAGGGUUAAACCAUGCCAUAGAACUAGCCAAUGAAAUCUCCAAAUUCCCACAAAGAUGUAUGAAUACAGAUAGAAGAUCAGCCUACAAUUCAACUUUCAAUGCCAAGAACAUGACUGAGGCUUUACAAUUUGAGUUUGAAAAUGGCAUGGAAGUUGUUAAAGAGGAAGCUAUUCCAGGAGCUCAAAGUUUUAAAGAUGGCGUUGGAAGACAUGGUAGUUUCUCCAAAUUCAAAGAUUAG